CGGCAAUCGAAGGCUGAAGUCUCUGUGCGGGUCAGAAUUCAGACAUCCGCCGGCCCCAAAACCAUUAUUCUUGCGGAAAUGGGGACGGAUUCCAUCGAAGAAUCGAACACCAAACCAGCAAACUACUGUGGAGGAGGAACCACCGUUUCUCCCCCAUGGGACACAAAGAGGAAAAGGAAGCGAAGAAGGAAGCAUUUAGGAAGUAUUUGGAGUCGAAUGGCGUUGUUGAUGCUUUCACCAAAGUUCUGGUUGCAUUAUAUGAGCAAAAUGACAAGCCUUCCUCUGCCCUCGAAUUUAUUCAACAAAGACUAGGGGGUCCCUCUGUAGCUGAAUAUGAGAAGUUACAAUCUGAGGUCGCAGAUUUACGAGUCAAGUAUGAUGAGCUUUUAUCUACGCACAAGGAAACCUGUAAAGAGUUGGAAGAACUUAAAAGCUCGCAUAAUGUCGCUGUAUCAUCUACCAGGGAUACCACUGAUGGUGAGGAUGAUAACGAUAAACUAUGAACGACUCAUGCAGUUGCACAUAGGAGGUAGAUGAAUUUUCUGUAUAACAGCCAAGAAAAAAUGUGGUAUCUUAUUCCUUAAAGGUAUGUGAAGACCUUUUGCAGUUUUGCUUAUGCAUGUUUGAAGAGGAAGGAAGAUAUUUGCUGAAAUGUUGAAUUGUAUGAGGUUUGUAUCUAUCUUUUUACCCGUGAUUCUUGACAUUGUUUGUUCUUGAAAACUCACUUGAGUUCUGUCGA